AAUACUGGGCGGGCUUGGGUAUAACAAAGCGUGGCUUCUUUGAUUGAAAGCUCGAGGCGCCUAUGAAAUGCUGAGGUAUUUUAAACGGCGAUCCGUGUAGCACCCAAUCAGCGUCGUAGGUGGUUUUAUAAACAGCGGGACGCAGGCGGAGCCGCGCCAUUUCGCUGAAGCGGAGGACUGGAGGAGAUAGGAGAGAAGCUUGAAAAAAAAAAAAAAGAGAGACCCGACAGCGGACGGCGGCAGAAUCCGGAUCCAUCCGAAUGGAAACGGCCGUUAAUCCGCCAAUCGACAGGUUGCCUGUGGAGGCUGGCACUGCCAUGCUGGCUGUGGGAGUGGGCGUGGGCUCGGAGCACAGCUCUGGGAAGCGCAUCAGGAAGCCCUCUCUGCUGUUCGAGGGGUUUGAGAGCCCCGCCCUGCCCCACUCGAACCCUCACCCUGCCCCCCCGCCCCCCCAGCCAGAGGUGAGGAGCCCCAGCCGACCCGGCCGCCUCACCAACCAGCUGCAGUUCCUGCAGAGAGCCAUGAUCAAGGCAUUGUGGAGACACCACUUCGCAUGGCCCUUCCACGAACCCGUGGACGCGUCCCGGCUCAGCCUGCCUGACUAUCACAAGAUCAUCAAGCACCCUAUGGACAUGGGGACGAUAAAGAAACGGCUUGAGAACAACUACUACCGCAGCGCCAGUGAGUGCAUGCAGGACUUCAACACCAUGUUCACCAACUGCUACAUCUACAACAAGCCCACGGACGACAUUGUCCUGAUGGCUCAGUCCCUGGAGAAAGUCUUCCUCCAGAAAGUGGCUCAAAUGCCCCAGGAGGAGAUUGAGCUGCCCACCCCAGCACCGCGGGGCAAGCCGGGCAAACCGGGCAAGGGGCGCAGACCAGCAGCUCUCUCUGGGGGCAUGACGACGGCUCACCAGGUGCCUGCAGUCUCCUCGGUCUCUCAGACUAACCUGUACUCCCCCCCGACCCCUGAGAUCCCAGCCACCAUCCUGGACACCUCUCCCCUCAGCAAGAGCUUGUCUCCUCCGCAGCAGAUACUCAGCAUGCCCACCGCGCCAACACAGCCCAUCACCAAGAAGAAGGGAGUGAAGCGGAAGGCUGAUACCACCACCCCCUCCACCAUCGCCAUGCCAACGCCCCACAGCGCUGACUCCUCCCCCCUGGCCUCGCCCCUCCCGCUGGCCCUGCCCCCCGAGGGGAAGGCGGCGAAGGUCCCGGCGCGGAGGAGGGAGAGCGGCCGGCCGAUCAAGAGACCCCGCAAGGACCUGCCGGACUCGCAGCUGCAGCACCAGCCCUCCAAGCGGGGCAAGCUGUCGGAGCAGCUGCGCUACUGCAGCGGCAUCCUGAAGGAGCUGCUCUCCAAGAAGCACGCCGCCUACGCCUGGCCCUUCUACAAGCCCGUCGACGCCUCUGCACUGGGGCUGCACGACUAUCACGACCUCAUCAAGCACCCCAUGGACCUCAGCACCAGCAAGAGGAAGAUGGAUGCUCGGGAGUACCGUGAUGCUCAGGAGUUUGCGGCGGACGUGCGGUUAAUGUUCUCAAACUGCUACAAGUACAACCCUCCGGACCACGAUGUAGUUGCCAUGGCCAGGAAACUGCAGGAUGUGUUUGAGUUCAAGUUUGCGAAGAUGCCGGAUGAGCCCCUGCAGACCACGCCCCCGGCCCUGGCGCCCCUCCCCCUGGGCGGGGCCUCGUCAGACAGUGAGGAGAGCAGUGCCAGCUCCAGUGAGAGCAGCGACAGCUCAGACAGCGAGGAGGAGCGUGCCAACCGGCUGGCUGAGCUGCAAGAGCAGCUGAGGGCGGUGCAUGAGCAGCUGGCAGCCCUGUCGCAGGCCCCCAUCUCCAAACCCAAGAAGAAACGUGAGAAGGAGAAGAGGAAGAAGAAGAAGCCUGAGAAGCACAAAGCCAAGCCGCCCCCGGAGGAGGAGAGGAGCGAGAAGCCGGCCAAGCCCGCCAAGGUGCCCAAGACCCCCAGGAGCAGCAGCACAGGGGGCAAGAAGAGUGGAGGGGGCAAGAAGAACAGCAAGACCACCAAAUCCUCCAGGAAGUCAUCCUCGACUUCGCGGCCGGCCCCUCCCCCUCCGCCCCCCCCUCCUGCGAUCCCACACUACGACUCAGAGGAGGAGGAGGAUACCAAGCCCAUGAGCUACGAUGAGAAGCGACAGCUCAGCCUGGACAUCAACAAGCUGCCGGGGGAGAAGCUGGGCAGGGUGGUGCACAUCAUCCAGUCCCGGGAGCCGUCGCUCAGGGACUCCAACCCAGAGGAGAUCGAGAUCGACUUCGAGACACUCAAACCCUCCACCCUGAGGGAGCUGGAGAGAUACGUCAUGACCUGCCUCAGGAAGAAGCCACGCAAGCCAUACGUGGUGAAGAAGCCGAGCAGUGGGAAGAGCCGAGAGGAGCUGGCUCUGGAGAAGAAGAGAGAGUUAGAGAAGAGGCUGCAGGACGUCAGCGGGCAGCUCAACUCAGCCAAGAAACCACAGAAAACCAAAGCAGAGAAGCCCAGCAGUGCAGAGCAGCACCCGGCCGCCUCCCGCCUCAGUGCCAGCAGCUCCAGCUCAGAUUCCUCCAGCUCCAGCUCCAGCUCCAGCUCUUCAGACACCAGUGACUCUGACUCAGGCUGAAGCAGCCCCACUGAGCCCGAUAGACAGCACCCCUCCCCUCCCCUCCCGGGAACACCGGACUGGACCUCCCAGCAGAGCCUGGCAGGAGGGGAGACACAGAGAGAGAGACAGGCACAAAUCAGAGAGCUGCCAGCCAGCACCUCGGACAGAAGGGGAGGUCUCGCGUGAGCGGAAAAAAAGAAAGGAGAGAUUGAUGCAGCUCUUUUUUCUCGUGAUUUUCCUCUUUAGUUUGAUUUGAGGCUGGAGUUGAGAGGGAGAGGCAGAAACUUAACUACCCUGCCUCUGAAUUCUGACUCUCACUUUCUGUAAUGAAGAGUGACGCCCUCCCCAGUUUAUUUUUCCAGUGAGGAGGAAGUUGAAGCAGAUGGAUGGAUUUCCUCUCCUCUCUGAGUGGUGCAGCUGCCCGUGUUACUGCACAGAGGCAGGGACUCUGACUUGAGGAGAGGUUGAAUCCUAGUCCUGCCUCUGCUCUGCCUUGACAGAGCUGGGAAGAAUGCCUCUCUCUCUGUGUGCCACAGUGUGCUAGCUGGGAGAAUUGGCUCACUGCUGACACCAAUGUUGUUUUGAGACUCCAUGAGCAAUUGAGAGACUAGUUGCUCCUUGCACGAUUUUUUCUGUUAUAAAGAAAAAUAUUCUAAAGGAGGAAGAUGAGAAGGAGGCGGUGUAGAGGGACAGGAUGCUUUUGCUGUUUGUUUUUUGUUUUUUUUCAUGUGGUGUGUAGUUUCUAAUGGAUUUCAAAUCCUUCUGCAUGAAUUCAAUCAGGACCUGUUGUUUAAAUUGCACUGCUUUCCCGUACACAGAAAUACACUCCACUGUGUCACCCUCUGGGACUUCAGAUACCCUGCAAGUUGUUCUGUCUGUGUGUGUGUGUGUGUGUGUGUUUAAAAAUACACAUCAACAGAUUUGGCUUUCAGUUUUCCUUCCAAACUAUGUUGGUUGUCCCCGAGUUAUCUUGCCCUAGACUAGAGUUUGAAUUAAGUUCAGAUCUGUAUCCAUAAAGAUGACUUGCAACCCCAGAUUCAGAACUCUGAUAUCAAUUCUGUGUGUGUGUGUGUAUAUAUAUAUAUAUAUAUGUGUGUGUGUGUGUGUGUGUGUAAUAUACACACACACACACACAGAGAAUUGAUAUCAGAGUUCUGAAUCGGGGGUUAUAAGUCAUCUUAAUAUAUAAAUAAAAAAGUAUGUGUGUGUUACUGAAAUCUCUGAAAAAAUGAAAGAAAAGCAGUGCUGUUUUAAAAAACAAA